AUGCGACAAGCCGCUGAUGUACAGGAUUUCAUCAUGAUGCUUGCUCCUGUCGGACCGCCGGCUCUUACUCUAGCUGCAAUUGUCGAAAUGUCGGAUAUCGAUGAGGAUGUGGAGACUGCGGUUGCCAAGACGAUUGUCAUUUCCUACGCUCUCACACCAUUGAUCAGUGUCAGCGUCACAGCGGCUCUGCAAGUGGUUCAGAAGCUGUACUAG